AGUUUGUAUUAUAUAAUAAUAAUGUCAUUUCUCUGCCGUUGAACAGAUAAUCCAUCGCUUUUGUCUCUUCCCCAACACAAUACUACUCCUACAACAACCUUAUUCUCACCCUCUCUUUUAAACUCCCUAACUCUUCUUUUCCUUCUUGUGUUCACUAUCUUUACUUGUGUUCAAUUCCUUCCUCUUAGUUAUUAUUUUGAGUCUCUUACCCAAAUGGGUUCUAGAGCACGUUGGCGCCAGAGUUGGGCUCCACAGCCUUUGACACCCUUAAUGGAAGGGCCUGACCCUGAAAUGCAAGAAGAAGGAACCAAGAAAGAGAGCUCAUGGGAAGUCAUAAGGGAAUGGUUUAGGACUCAGAGGAUCUCCCCCGGUGGCACCAGCUUUUCAUCACACUCUUUCUAUGGAACCAUUCAUGCCAAGACCCAAGAUUUGAGGUUGUUGCUUGGUGUCUUGGGCUGUCCCUUGGCCCCUAUUCCCUCUGCCCACGAUUCCACCCUUAAUAUUCACAUCAAAGACACCCCAUUUGAAACUUCAACUGCCAAAUACAUUAUUCAGCAGUAUUUGGCUGCCACAGGGUGCCUAAAACAGCAAAAGGACACCAAAAACAUGUAUGCCACUGGGAUGGUAAAGAUGAUUUGUUGUGAGACGGAGAUUUCAUCUGGGAAGAAUGUCAAGUGUUUGGGAACUAGAAGCAGUGAAAAUGGUUGCUUUGUGCUUUGGCAGAUGCUACCCGGAAUGUGGUCUCUUGAACUGGUGGUUGGUGGCCACAAGGUGGUUGCUGGUAGCAAUGGCAAGACCGUGUGGCGACACACACCUUGGCUAGGCACACAUGCAGCCAAAGGCCCUCAAAGACCCCUUCGUCGCAUCAUUCAGGGCUUGGAUCCGAAGAGCACGGCGAGCUUAUUCACGAACGCACAAUGCUUGGGAGAGAAUCGAAUCGGGAGCGUUGAUUGCUUUGUCUUAAAGGUUUCGGCCGAUCGUGCGGCUGUGAUCGAAAGGAGUGAGGGCCCCGCAGAGGUGAUAAGGCACAUACUCUAUGGGUACUUUUGCCAAAAGAGUGGACUACUCAUAUACUUAGAAGAUUCCCACCUUACAAGGGUCCCAACUCAAGACAAUGAUACGGUGUAUUGGGAGACCACCAUAGGGAGCAGCAUCGGCGACUACAGAGACGUUGAUGGCGUUUUGAUCGCGCAUCAAGGGCGAUCAAUCGCGACGGUGUUCCGGUUCGGCGAGCUCUCGAUGCAGCAUAGCAGAACCCGGAUGGAAGAAAUUUGGACCAUUGAUGAUGUUAUGUUUAAUGUACCUGGACUCUCCAUGGAUCAUUUCAUUCCUCCAGCUGAUAUCUUUGACAAUAUAAAUUCUCCAUGAUAACCUAACUUGAUUAGGGUUUCUUUUUUCUUUUCUUUUUUCUUCUUCUUUUCCUUGUCAAUGUGAAUUGUAAUUUUACUUUGGGGGUGGUAUAAUUAAAGGAUUGGUGGGAAGGUGUAAUUUUUCUUUUCUUUGUUCUUGCUCUUUAAUGUAAGUCAGUAGUUAGUUUGCGUUUCAAGUCAUUAAGCUCAAAUGACAAAUUCAAGAGGGGGAUCGAAUAAGUUACUCAACUGUGGUAAGAUAAUGAUGGCAUAUAUUUAUGUACUUCCAUUAAUAUGGACAAAGUAUGGGAUAUUCAUCAAUGAUGCCGUUUUCAC